CUUUCAACGACAAGUGCCCCUCUUGAUUAGUGUUAAUGCCGCUUCUUUCGAGUGAUGGAAUGUCGCAUUGGCGGCAUACUUUUUUCAUCCAAUUUCGACUCGGGCAAUCUAGCUCGUGUUGAAAAAGUUUCACGAUAUGUGGAUGAACCAUCAUCACUAGCACUCCAAUUGGACUUGAAACAACAACAACUAAUACAAAAAGGGAUUAAUAAAUUUAACAGUAACAUUAAUGGAAACCAUGCAAUAGCAGAAGUUCGAGCCGAUUACGAAUUCAGGAUAUGGAUUAGACCAGACUGCUCUGGAACUGCAUAUGUUAAUGGCAAUCGGACAUGGUUUUAUUUUUCCGUCAGAGGGUGCAGCCCUGGCAAAACUAUGCGGGUCACUAUAAUGAAUAUGAAUAAACAGUCAAAAAUAUAUAGUCAGGGUUUUUCCCCAAUUUAUCGCGUCUCCAAUCCUUCAGUAGCUCAAUCAGGAUGGCAACGUAUACGUGACAAACCAUUUUGGGAAAUAGUCAAUGGGCAAUUUCUUCUAACGUUUAUACAUCGAUUUCAAGAUCCACGUGGAAGUAUUACCUAUUUUGCAUUUUGUUAUCCAUGGACGUAUAGUGAAAUGCAAGUACAAUUAAACAAAUUAGAUAGUAUAUUUCAUUAUAAUAAAAAUGAAAACAUCAAAAUUGAUGAUGAGAGUUUCAGCAAUAAAUAUAAUAUAAUGAAGUUGAAUAAAAUAAAAAAUAAUGAUAAAUCUGAAAGUACUUGUGAAAAUGUAGCAAAUGUAGCAUUGAACAUAAAUAAUUCAACAAUUAUGAACAGUUCAAUUUCCAGUACUCUAACUUCAUCUAAUCCAUCUGCCUCACUUUCUUCGUCCUCCUCCUCAUCAUCACUUUCUUCCACAUUAUAUGAUUCAAAACGUUUAUCAGAAAAUGAUUUAUUCGACAAGAUUUAUUUUCAUAGAGAACUACUUUGUUAUAGUUUGGAAGGAAGAAGAAUUGAAUUAUUGACAAUAACUGAUUGGUCAGAAUGUACUUUUGUUGAAGAGGAUCGCUUUGAUCCAUUAUUAUUUCCUGAUGUAAAUAAACCAAGACCUUGGAAAUUUACAAAUAAAAAGGUUGUUGUUGUCAGUGCUCGUGUCCAUCCUGGUGAAACACCAUCAAGUCAUGUAUUUAAUGGAUUAUUGGAGUUUUUAUUACGUGUAAAUGAUCAACGGGCAUGUGAAUUACGUAAACAUUAUAUUUUUAAAUUAAUACCAAUGUUAAAUCCAGAUGGUGUUUUUCACGGUCACUAUAGAACAGAUACUCGUGGUGUCAAUUUAAAUCGGGUUUAUUUGAAACCUGAUUUUUUAUACUACCCAUCAAUUUACGCCGCUAAAGCUUUAAUUAUUUACUAUCAUACAAACUAUGGAACAUUAAAAUCGUAUGCACCAUUUUUAGAUGAUAUUUUUCGAAAGGAGUUAUUUACUUCGAAUAACUAUUUUGAAACAACCACCGAGAAUGCUACUAUUACCGAUGAAGAUAAUAAACCACAUAGUAAUGAUAAAUUAUCAUCUAGUCAAUCAAUGUUAUCAUGUGAAAUUACAAAACAGUCAAAAGAUGAAAUACCAUUUGAUUGUGAAACACAAGAACAACUGAUUGGAGAAAAUAAAAAUCAUACAAUCACUAUACAAGAUCAAGAAAAAGCAAAAUCAGAUCCUAAUUUUAUUAGUAAAAAUGCGUCGAUUAUGUUGGAACAACAAUUAAACAACCAAAAUGUCACACUGACAACAUCAUUCGCUUCUACUGCAUUAUCAUCACCAACCAUAUCAAAUCCACCGUCAAAAAUAGCAAUUGAUCAUUCAAAGAGGAAAGAUCUAUCUUCUAAGUCUGUAUCAUCCGUUGAACAUAGGAUUAUCAAUUCUGAUUCAAGAGAAACUAAUGACAACACAUUGGUAAUACAUCAAUUCAACUCUUCUAUUGCUGAUAUUGAUAAGAAUGCA